AUGUCGCACUCUAAACCAAAUCGUUCUGGUAGAACCUCACCUACUAUUGUUUCCAAUUUGCGUAUACCGACUGAAGUUGAUUUAUUUUUCCUGGCUAACCAAGAUGUUCUUCUUGAAGACAUUCCACAUGUUGAAUUAACAACACAAGCCGCACAAGCCUUCUUCUGGCUAAACGUCGACUCUCAGUAG